ACAUAUACAUUUUCACAAUCUUUAAACAUCUUUAAAUUGUUAUCGCCCAUAAUUGCCUGGUCGCCUUAUUGAUUAGCAGUUCAGAUAGCCCCCGUAUCAGUUAACUGUGCGUUAAAAAGCCAUAUUAUUGACAUUCUCCCACUCAGUUUGUUUUUCCUGACGGCCCGUGAAGUUCGCACAGUUUACAAAUGCACAGUGUGAAGAGUAAUCGAGACUGAAAAACUAAUAACUAAAUUAAAUCAAGUGACUACUACUUAUGAAAUUAUAGUGAUAAAAAAAUUAAGCUUCCGUGUCCACAGCAAAGUUAUUGAAGAGACAUACACUUGAGUGGUAAAAAAAAAUGACAGACCUAAAGGAGAAGAAUAUACUGGAUACCCGCGAUGCCAUUGGCAUGUCCUUAGAGCAGCUCACAUUCGACACCGAGCUAAAUGGCGUGCCGCCAGCCUAUAUGCCCACCAUCACAACAGUGGCAGCAGAAAAAGAAGAGCCAGAUGAGCCCUCUCCGGAAGAUCCACUUAAACCGCAAGCGAAACGAAAAGUUCGAAGAAGGAUAAUUUCCAUGGAAUUACCAGUCUUUUUGAUAUUUCUGUCCCUUAUGUUAGCCGGUCCGGUGAUGCUAAACCAAGAACUAUAUCAAACCUGUGUUGCUGUAUACAACUACACUGAGCGUGAGUGUGAGCCGCUAAGGGGUAUUAUACCGAAAACAGAUGAGGCAAAGGCUAUCGAAAAACACAUUCAACCCUACGUUGCCCGCAUCACCAUGACAUAUUCAAUAUUACACAAUGUAUGGCCGGGUAUUCUGGUGCUUUUCAUUGGCCCUUGGUCUGAUAAAUUCGGGCGCCGACCAGUGCUGUUGGUCAGUUUUACGGCUUAUUUCACCGGUCACAUGAUUAUGGCGACGUUGGUAUAUUUUUCCAAAGCGCUGACGCUGAAUCCCUGGUUCUAUUUGCUAGGUGGCAUACCAUCUACGCUGGUUGGCGGCGGUUGUGCGAUGACCACUAUUAUGUUUUGUUACAUAUCUGAUAUUUCGGAUAUGGAGAAUAAAGCGAAAAGAAUGUUCUUUGUGGACGUUGCUAUGGGUCUGGGCGUCGUGCUCGGCAACGUCGUAAGCAGCUAUUUGCUGAAACAGACGAAUGUUACCACGGUCUGUUUGACAUCAGCCACUCUGGUGCUUAUCGGCUUGUUGUAUAUAUACUUUUUCGUAGAUGAAAGUUUGGAUGUGGAAAAGAGUUCGGUAUCGCUUAAGGCGAAGAGUUUCUUCGAUAUCAGAUUAAUUAGAGAUCUCGUAAAUACUUGUGUGGCAAAACGUCCGAAUUAUGGCCGCGCCAUUAUUGGUUGUACCAUUUCAGUCUUCAUGGUAACGAGUUUCAUAAUGCACGGCGAACACGGUAUUUUCUAUUUAUUCCUCCGCACCAGGUUCAAUGUGACCUUACAGCAAUUCACCUACUACAAUGCCACUGUCAUCACAAUUAAAAUGACCGGCUGUGCGCUUACCUUUGUGGUAUUUAGAAAACUCUUCUCACUACCCUACGCUGUAAUUGCCAUGAUGGGCUUCGCCGGCAGCUUUAUGGAUCAUCUUGCACGUGGUUUGGCCGACAGUUUCUGGCAAAUGUAUAUGGCCUGCGGCUUAGGAAUCAUGUCUGGCAUAACGACGCCAAUGUUGCAGGCAAUACUCUCAACAACGGUGCCAUCAAAUGAACUUGGUAAAGUGUACUCUCUGGCUUCUUGUACGCAAACCCUUUCACCUUUAAUAUCUGCGCCCUUGUAUACAUACGUUUAUAAUCGCACGCUGAAUUUCAAUCCUGGUUUAUUCAAUUUUAUCAGCACCGGACUUUUCGUGGAGUGUUUCUGUGCUAUGUUCGUAAUCAACGUUUUCCAACGAAGAGUUGCUAAAAGAUCAAAAGAUGCUGAAACAGAAAAGGGCGCAAUGGAAAAAGUAGAAAAGGCGGAAACUUAAAAUAGACUCACACGAGUUGUAGACUAUUAAGCACAAAAUUAAAAAUUUAUUAUUAUUAUUAUAAUUAAGUACAGUAUUAAAAUUAGAUAAUGGUAUAUGAUUUAUAGUCUUAAUGCAAAAAAAAAAUAAUUAUUUUUCAAUUCAAUAUAUAAAAGAUAUUUUUUAGAGCAGAAUAUCGAAAAAUACCCGAAUGAGUCCAUCAGUCAUCGCGCGUAAUAAUCGAGUCUGUACCCAUCCGCUUUAUGGAAGAUCAUCCGAAAUGAUCUUGCUUAACGAGUUUACAAAAUCCAACUUGUGCAAUAAUUGAUGCCGAACGAUCAUCAAUAACGUCGCACGCUCGGCGAAUGGCCCUGAAACGGAGUGAUGAUACCUUGUUGAAGCAGGCCAUAAUGUUGCAGUCAAAGGGAAACCCUAUAGAGCCAUGUCGGAUUGGUAGGUUCCAACGUGACGGCGUUACAUGCCGUUUAGAAAAUUUAUUGGAAAAAAAAUUUUAUUGGGCGCAUUAUUUCUCGUGAUCUUACGAUUUAACACUUCCGGACUUUGCUUUGUGAGGUUAUGUGAAGUUGUUUGUCACACAGACAAGCCAGAUACGAUUGACUCUUUGGAAGGGCAUAUUCGGCUCGUUAUUGGCGGCAUACGGCCUUAAUUGUCAAUGAAAUUUAUCUUCAUAUGUAAAUUUUAUUUAUUUAAGAUUUUCAUUGUAUAUGUAUGUAUAUUUAUAGAGGUAUAUUCACUAAAAUAAGCCUCAUUACAAUAGACUUACUCUUAACUACAUUUAAUCUCUUCUUUUGUGAAUUAUUUCCAAAUAAGCCAAAACACAUAUACAGGUAUAUACGUGUACAUACAUACAUAAGUGAAUAAGUAUAUCUUUUUAAGAAACGUGUGUAAUCGUUUAAAUAAAUAGUGAAUACUGAUAAACUUUCGUAUCUACAAGUA